ACAUCUUAUAAACCCAUUUAUAAUUUUUUAAAAAAUACAAUACAAAAAAAUUUAGCUACUAAUUUAAGUGAAGUGAAUCCAAAGUGAUGAACUUUUUUCGAAAAGAUAUGACGUAAAGGUCUAUGUUACCAGGUCAUAAAAUUAAAAAAAAGUCUCUGGUUGUACUUUAUUUGUGAACGGAGCGCCGAACAACGCAAAAAGAAGAGUGCCAGGAAAAAAAACUGAAAAAAUCAGAAGAAUUACGAAAGACGCCAUUGUUGUUUUGUUCAGUCGCUAUACAAUCAAGUUAUCAAUAUUUCAUCGUUUAAGUGUUUAAAACAUAGCGUAUAAAACGUUGAAUAAAAUCUUCGGAUGUUAAUUAACCAUGUUUUGAUUAUUUUUUUGGUUUAAAACACGUUGUAAAAACGGCAUGUCCGGGGGCCAUCUGGCCGUGCUGGACCGUGCGGGGCGUGAGGUGAAGCAGUACGCGCUGCCCACCGGCCUGGCCACACUCGGCAGCAGCUCGACAUGCGACAUCCGCUUCAUGCUGCCCACAGUGGAGUCACACCACGCCACAGUUGUUGUACAUGAUCUGCAGACAGUGGUGCACAAUGUGGGCGGCGGGGAGACACUGGUGAAUGGUGAGGCCGUGAGCGUGGCCCCACUUGCUGACGGCGACGUGCUGUGUGUGGGCGGCCGCGAGUUGCGCUGGCGGUACUCGCGCCCCGUCACCACUAGACACACUUCACUCACACCAGCGAGCGCGCGCCAGGUGGCGGUGGUGCAGCCGCAGCGCCGCGACGCCGCCAGCAACAUCGUGGUUUCCGUGGUCACCGACGUCAGACGUCGCGGCACGUCAAGAGGCGAGCGGGACACCAGCUCAUCCAACAGAUCUGAAGAAGCGACGGCAAGAUCCAGACCGCCGAGGAGUCCUCAAAUGAAUCUCCAGAACACGACGAAGGCGUCGAUGUGGAUCGAGUCGAGGAAGUCGAGCGGCAGGAAGCAGGCGCCGGCGCAGCGCAGGGCGCGCUCGGACAGGAGGAGCACGCCGCUGCGCCUGGCCGUGCUGCGCCGCGCCCGCAGCGCGCACCGCACGCCGCCCGCACGCGUCACCAAGAUACAGGCCCCGCUCACCGUCGAUCACACCAAGCAGGCGGCCAUAAUGUUGAUGACCGGGCACACGCCCAAAAAGCGGGCGAAUUCCAAGGCGAGCUCGGUGAUGAAGAGGCCCGGGGCGACACCGGCGCGCCGCCAGCCCUCCUCCUCCAACAACAACACCUCUGCGCAGGUACCUACAGCUGAGAUAAGAAACUCGACGCCACGGAUAGUUUUGAGGAGAAGCGACAUCUCUACGUACUCGGUGCCGGAUACGUCGCUUCGUUCUCCGCCGCAGCCGAAUCCAAGAAAAUCAGCGCUCAAGAAUUCCUCCGCCGACAGGAGCGCAAGAAAAAUUGAAUCCAUUAAAUUUGAUUUGAGCAACCUCGAGGACUCCAUGGACUUGUCCACCGCCAGCGAGACCGGCCAGCGCGCCGCCGACCACCUCUCCCUGCGCUACUCCGACAGCUCCCCCGACUGCCCCCGCACCUCCCCUCGCACCUCCCACCGCACCUCCCACCCCCCGCACAACCUCAACAAGUCCUCGCGCGGCAGCUUGAUGCUCCACAAAGUUUUGCAAACCCCAGACAAAUCGUGCGCCUAUCAAUCUACGAGCUCCUUCAAGGACCUCAGCUGGGACACCACCGCCCCUUCGAGGCGCAACACGAGGACCUCAAGUCCGCGUAAUUCCCCUAAGGUGGAUAACAAAAUAGAAUCAUACUCCGUGAUCGAUUUAGUAUCGAUGGAGUCGAGCGAGGCAGGCUCCGUGUACAGCUCCGCAUCCGAAGCGACCGCCUCCAGGUUCACCACGCCGCAGUCCAGUGCGCGCCUGCUGGCCGCCAGCACGCCGCGCCCGCUGGACGCCCCGCCCCGCUCCCCCCUCCACACGCACGAUGCUACAUACGACAACAUUCCAGAGAUCACGCUUAAUAGUACUAGAAAUACGCGACACCUGAACACCCCGCCCCAUCAUGGAAAAGGAAGUGUUACUCGCGACGAGGAUGCGACCAAAUUCUCUUCGACGAAUAUUACGGGAGACACUUUUAAUAUUUCCGGUAAAUCGAGCAGAACAAAAUCGUUUUCGACAUUGAAGGACUCCUCGGAAAAUAUAACAUCGAAGGAAACGAGGGAUUCCACAAUAUCGAAAUCGAGCCGCAGCCGAGGUGGUGCCGACGACUCGUCGCCUGUCAGUGUUGCGAGUCCAUCUCGUCGGCCCUCGAAGUCUUCGACGCCGGCCGGGGCGCCCACCUCGCCGCCCACCUCGCCGCCCAACGGGAUGUCCACCCCUGAAAACCACAAUAGCCCCGAGGAAGUGUUUACUCCGGUGUUGAGCAUACAGAGCUUAUUAAAUUCUAGUAGGAGGGUGUCGAGGUCGCGACCCCCGCGCGGCGCCGCCAGGAAAACUAUAGGCGGUCGAUUGUCCGCCCUCCGCAAGCGCGCUACCCUCAACUCCAAAUCGUUCACAUUCGGCACGACGGCCGCCUCGCGAUCUACAAACCUAAAGAAUGCUCCGACCUCUCCCGAUGAAGAGGAUCCACUUCCCGAUGAUGGGGACAUGACACCGAAGAAAAUGGUUAAACUCGUCUACGAGGCGGUAAAAAACAAACAUUCGACCGCCAAGAGGCCGAAAUCGAUAAGGUCCGUUAUCGACGACUUGAACGAUUCCGAUAUCGUUAAACAGCUUUUCAACAGUCCGGUGAAGAGAAAGCUCUCCCAGAGCAUGAUCGAGUUUUCUAAGAAACAGCUCGUGGACGACGAAACCACCCCGCCGAAAAAGUUGACGCGAAACACGAUCGCUCCGACUGGCGUUGCCACCUAUGAUUCGUCGAUGGAGCGAACGCCGGCCAUCACGCCGGAAGUGUUCGUGAGUCCCCUGACCGCGACCGCCGGCGACCGGCGCAGCGUCGGCUUCAAGCUGCGGCGGUGGAGGGAAGGAGCGGCGGAGACGACCGCCAUUCGGAAUGCCCCGGGAAGUAACAGAUCGACACAUAGGAAAUCUGCUAAAAACGAUUUGACCAAGGUUUCCGGAAUCAAAUCUCUCUUUGCGCGGUCGCCGAGAAAUCGUUUAUCCGACGUCAGAGUCAAGGAGUUGUUCGCGGCGUCGCCAGAAAACGAUCUGAGAAGGGUUCCGAAGCUCAGGUUACUUUUCCAGGAAUCGCCCGAGAGGGAUCCGCGGGACGUUUCAGGGGUGAGAGAGUUGUACAGAAGGAGAAGCCCCGCCAACGACCUGCGCGACGUAUCCGGCGUCAGGGCGACUCUGCGGCGGCACUCCCCCAGGAAUGAGCUCGACGACGUGAGUGGAGUCGAGGAAAUGUUCCGCGAGCGGCACGACGCCGACGCCGACGCGGACGCCGAAACCUCCUUCGACUUGCUGAUGGGCAGGCCGGCGGUCAGAGCGUACCCGAGGGCCAAAAGCUUAUCCACGAAGCUGAUCCAAAAACCAAAAACUCGCAAGGCGCAAUCUUUGCUAAAUUCUUUCACUUUAAUAAACGAUAACGUGGAGGACUGGCUACAGAACGAGCUGAAGAAACGCACGCACAAAGAAUCGCCGAGAGGCGCAUGCGCAUCCGGCAGCAGGGAUACGGCCGGGGGACGAACGCCAAAGAGCAACUUGAACAAAUCCAAAAGCAAGUCGAAUUUGUCGCGGGAGCUGCUCAAGCUGGCCACUGACACGGUGGAGGGCUGCUCCCCGGUGCUCCCGAGGCGCGCCAGGAGUACUGCUCUCGCCAAAACCUCUCUGCUCGAAUUGAAAAAGUCUGCGUCGGAAAUUUACGGAGAGCAUACGUUGCCGAUCAAGAAGAGAUCUGUGGUGGAGACGUCGCGCAGCCGGAGCGGGCAGCGCGGCCAGGGCGGGCAGCGCGGCCAGGGCGGGCAGGCCCCCACCCCGCACCACCGCCUCGCCGCUGACGUCACAACUAUGGAGAUUCCUAAAGAAAGAGAAAAACAACGAGAAAAGAUUAGUAGUCCUAUGCAAAGAAGAAGUACAAGAAACCGUAAAACAAACCUCAAUAUGGAACAAAAUAACGUGAAAAAACGCAGAACAUCUGUCGUAGUAAGAAAGAAACCGCCCUGCCUGAGCCCGAAUCCGGCAACCGGGGAACCUGAAACCAGAAUAAGUAGAAGACGAAAACAAAUUGAUCAAGAAAAUUUAAUCGCAAAAGCCGUCGAGGAAACGAGAGAGAAAAGUAUUCGUGAAGAAAACGAAACGAACCACAAUAAAGUGAACGAGAACAAAGGUCGUAAUGCUAAAGCCUCGGAUAAAACCAAAGAAAGUCCGCCAAAAACUAGAACAACACGUAGACGAAAGGUCUCCGCGGAGAAAGUACAAACACCAAAGAAAAUGACGAGAAGUAAAGUCCUAAAACAUACUGUUGUUGUAACAAAACCAUCGCCCAAUUUGAAAACUAGAACUGCAAAGCAACAUAUUGUGAACGUAAGCGAUAGGGCACCGGUUACAAACUUACGAAGAGGUCGAAAAACAAACGCAAAUACAUUAGAGGCUCCCGUUGAGAUUGCAAACAAGCGCGGAAGAAGAAGCAAGGCGGUUGUGCUUGAUGUCCGACGAACCGAAAAGAAAAAGGAAGCUAAUAAUAAAUCGUCCAACGAGGACAUGGAUACAGAACCUAAGACAAGAAGGGGAAGAAAAACUAUUGCUCAGAAAAAUGUCCAAGAUGAAAGUAAGCCUACUCAAGUACAAAAACGAGCUACUCGAAAAACUGUACAUUUAGUUGAGGUAAACAAAAAGACUAGAGGCAAGACAACGGAGCCGGAAGACACGACUACAAGACGAGUCGCGAACAAAGACAAUACAGAAAGUGUUGGCCGAGGAAAUAUGAGGAAAACAACUAACAAACAGCCGCCAUCUAAACUAGGAGCGGCCAACGACAAAGAUUCAAAUAGCAACGUGGAGCCCGUUAAGAGUGGGCGCCGCGUUGCCAAGGGAAGACAGAUCAAGGUGCAAGAUGCCGCCGUCGCCGUGGACAACACCCAAACGACAGUCAAUAAAAGAGGAAGAACUGCAAAAAAAGGCAAUGAAACAUCUCCAAACGGCUCCAACAGAGAGACGGCGGCGAGCAUCACCGCCAGCAGGAGUUCCAAAGCGGCCGCCAAACAGAAGCUCACUACUGCACCACAAGCUGCUAGAAAAGUGAAGCCGAACGUCACACAGAAAACAGCCGCGCCCGCAGCCACCGCGCCCGCACGCAAGAGGAAGGCCGACACCGACACCGACACCGACCCGGCCCCAUCUAAAGCGAGCCCGCCGGCACCGAAGACGCGACGCGCCACACGCACCGCACGCGCCGCACGCGCCGCACGCGCACCGCCAGAGUCAGAGGGGCAGGCGGCGGCGCGCAGCCGGCGCAGGUAGCGCCCUAAGAUGUACGCAGGAAAUGAAGAGAAAGACAACUGUGUACAAACAACAGCUUAAGUACACUGACAUCGCACAAUAACACAUAUGAAAAGAUAAGCUUUACUAGUUGUAUGUUUGUAGCAAAUGUGUGAGCAGAGAGAGGCGUGCGGGAGGCGUCUUCUAGCCGAGUGCACAGAUACAAGUACAAAGCUAGUUUAUAAGUGUAGAGGCAACACAUACAGUAACUGUACUGUACGCACAAGUUGAUGCGUGUCGCGUUAACAUGCAGUCAAACCCAGUACAAACCCUCAGGCAGACAGACAGACAGACAGACAGUACAUGCUGAAGUCGGUGAAAUUAGAAACGUCUAAUCAUCUUGAUUUUUGUUUAGAUUUAGUUAAUUAGACGAUGGUCUGUAGGAUCGGUUUGGAAUUCUUGUUUUUAAAUAUGGAAAUAUGCAAUUUUUUCUUUAAUAAAACAUUGUUUGAGAUUUUUAUACAAAACACUUUAUUACGCGGUACUCCACUGAUGUUGCGCAAAACCUCAACAAACAUUGGUCUCACUACAGUAACACGCGAGAUAACUAUUGAGAACGCCGGCCGUGAUGUCAUCGGAAUGCGAUCAUGUUAUUGCACACGCGUAGUUGAAGUUUAUUCUUUGAAUGUGAUUUUCUUAUUUUGAAUGCUUCUUAUUUACUUGCUAUCAAUUCAGGUUCAACGUGUGAACGUGUCGUGUCGUGUCGUGUCGUGUCGUGUCGCAUUCAACUUGUUAAAUAUUUUCCUUUUGUACGUAAGU